AUGGAAAACAAACUCCAAACAAUACAAGGAAAUGCUAUACGGAAGGGACUAUUUCCUCAUCCGACUGAGGACUUCGCAACCCCCAUUUUUUACCGCGAACAGUAUCUCCGCAAAUUCUCUGCUUCUAUCCGCGAAGAAGAAAAUUGGACGGAAAAGAUCACCGACCGUAGUUUUAUUUCGAAUAAGCUGAGAGAGGCUGCAUCCAUAGAUGGUUUGAGACUAGACAAACGCAUACAUGUGUGGGACAAGGAGGAUGUGGAUUUUGUAUAUCAAGAACCGAUACAAAAAUACAAGCCUUACGUUGAGGAAUGUGAAAAGAUUGGAAUACAGCCCAGUGUCGACGGUGUUUGGAGAAUAGAUGAUUUUGCCGAUGAGAAAACAAGACUGGAUCUUAUUAAAGGUAUUCAAGCGCCCACGCUGCCUGUGAUUUUCAUUCUCCAAGCUGAAGGGACUGCGGCCACUCUUGAGAAUGAUCCUAAGAAGAAAUGGCAUCCAGAGUCCAACCAGCAGCUUUUAGACCUUUCAAUUAGUGGUGCCACUAUCGAAGCCCCGACAUUUGAAGAUGAUGAGUGGUGGGAAGAUGAAAUUCGGUAUGACGUCUCAAGAAGAUUUUGUUGGCUCCCUUCAGAGUUCGAGAUAUCUUCAGAAGGGAAAACGACAAUAGCGUCUUAUGUCAACAAUCUAGCACUUCCGGAGCAGAGCGAAAUCUUCCAUCCUAUCUUAGAAAAUAUUUUUUCUAAAUUUGUUCCCCUGUUCAACCAUAUUCUCGGCGACUUACGACGCAGGAUCGACUCCCUAGAGAGAGUCGAAGGACUCAGUUACAAAGAAUCGAAGAAAUCUAACUUCCGAAAAUCUGUCCCGGAAGAGACAUACAUAAAAACUUGGGAAAAACUCAUCGAACAGUUUGAGACAGGCGAGACCCUGACUGCAGACAUUGGAAAUGAGCUUCGAGUGUCUCGCAGCUUGUUGCGGCGUUUCCUGAACUCUGCACCCUUCGCCACGCAGAUUUAUAUAACCAAUAGGGGGAAGCUCACAGAGGAAAGCUGGGAACCCCCAUCUCAAGAAAUUCUGGAGCAUGCCAAACUCCAAGGCACCACAGCAAGAGUGAUUGUCAAAAUGGCUACAAUCAUUCUAACGCCAGAGAAACCACAAUGGAAAGGUGGACCAUGGCAUAUAGAGGCAACAAAGAAUGAACGAAUUAUUGCGACAGGCAUCUAUUAUUAUGACCAAGAUAACAUUACACCCUCUUCACUCGCCUUCCGUCGGGCGGUUGACCGAAUCAGGAUAUAUCAGCGACACAACUCCGCGGAGUAUAUAGAAAAACACAAUAUAACCGUCGAAGAAGGCAUACCUGUGGCCCAAGAGCUAGGUAGCAUUCCUACAAAGUUACGGGAAAUCCUACCCUGGUUGGGCAGUGAGACUGAGUAG